CACAGUGAACUGCAUCUGACAGCUUGCCAGGUUGGAGCAGGAGAAAAAAACACCACACACAAGAGAGUAAACGACCCGUGGAACAGACCCGCUGUAAUUUUCACAAACCGAGCAUCAUCCAAAUCCACCCGGUAGAGACAAUAAAGAAAAGAAAGGAGGGAUCUUUCGCGGUUACAGUCCUCCCACAAAGCUCUCAUGUAUGGAAUGAUAAUGUUUUUGUUUUAACGCCCCAGAUGAUUGCGUACCAGGGGUAGCUAUUGAAAUACGCAAAAACCUGCCGCUUCGUUGGAUUUUCCUCCGAGACUGAGGCCAUGAAUUCCGCGGAGCAGACGGUCACUUGGCUGAUCACACUCGGGGUGCUGGAGUCUCCGAAAAAGACUAUAUCGGAUCCAGAGGCAUUUUUACAGACCUCCCUCAAAGAUGGGGUGGUCUUGUGCAGACUGCUGGAGCGGCUGAGCCCGGGCUCCAUGGACAAAAUCUACCAAGAACCGAAGAACGACGGCGAGUGCUUGAGCAACAUAAAGGAGUUUCUCAAAGGCUGCACUUCGUUUCGCGUAGAGCUGUUUGAGCCCAGUGAUCUGCUCCUAGGACUGAACUUCUCUAAGAUACUCAGCAGUCUGGUGGCUCUCAACAAAGUGACUGCAGACAUUGGAGUGGGCAGUGACAGUGUCUGUGCCCGUCACUCGUCAGCCUAUCGGAUCAAGUCGUUUGAGUCUCUGGCCUCCCAGUCAUCACUGGGUCGAUCCUCCAAGCUGCUUCAGAACCAGUUCCGCAGCCUGGACAUGUCUGAGGGCAGCGGGACGCAGCUAUUGGUCAAGGCUCGCUUCAACUUUGAACAAACCAAUGAGGACGAGCUGUCCUUCAACAAGGGGGAUGUCAUCAAUGUGACACGCCAGGAGGAGGGCGGCUGGUGGGAGGGGAACUUCAACGGCAAGACCGGCUGGUUCCCUAGCAACUAUGUCCGUGAGAUCAAAGGCUGUGACAAACAAGUGUCCCCCAAAUCUGGGACCCUCAAGAGCCCCCCAAAAGGCGUUGACACUACGGCCAUUAGCAAGACCUACUACAACCUGGUGCUGCAGAACAUUCUAGAAACAGAGACAGAAUAUUCCAAGGACCUCCAGAGCCUUCUGACCAACUACCUGCGAUCACUCCAGAGCACAGAGAAACUGAGCAGUACAGAUGUGUACCUGAUCCUGGGGAACCUGGAGGAUAUCAACACCUUCCAGCAGAUGCUCGUCCAAUCACUGGAGGAGUGCACCAAACUUCCAGAGAGCCAGCAGAGGGUAGGGGGCUUCUUCAUGAACCUGAUGCCCCAGAUGAAGGCUCUCUACGUGGGUUACUGCUCCAACCACCCCUCGGCAGUCAACGUGCUCACCCAGCACAGUGAGGAGCUGGGGGAGUUUAUGGAGGGGAAGGGAGCCAGCAGUCCAGGUAUCCUGACCCUGACCACAGGUCUCAGUAAACCCUUCAUGAGGCUGGACAAAUACCCUACACUAACGAAGGAACUGGAGAGACACAUGGAGGAGAGUCACCCCGACUGGCCAGACAUCCAGAAGUGUAUGACAACGUUCAAGAGCCUCUCGGCCCAGUGCCAGGAGGUGAGGAAGAGGAAGGAGCUGGAGCUGCAGAUAGUGACUGAGUCCAUCAGGCUGUGGGAGGGAGACGACAUCAGGACACUGGGCUCUGUUCUCUACAUGAGUCAGGCUCUGGUUAACAGCCCUGGAGCAGAGGAGAAGUGUGAGCGCUACCUCAUGCUUUUCCCUCAUGUCCUCCUCAUGCUGUCUGCCAGUCCAAGGAUGAGUGGCUUCAUAUUCCAGGGGAAGCUACCAUUGACUGGUAUGACUGUGACCAUGCUAGAGGACAGUGAGGCCCAGAAAAACUCCUUUGAGCUUUCUGGCAGUCUAUUUGAGCGUCUCCAGGUUGUGUGUAACAAUCAGCAGGAUCAGCAGGACUGGGUAGACCACCUGACCCGUCAGACCAAACACACCACUGUCCCCAGCCACAAACCCCUCACUGUCCCCUGCCACACGUUGCCCUCCCAUCCUCUGACUCCGUCCCGUCACGCGGAGGGCCGGGCGAUGACGGUGGCUCCUGCCUACCACACCCUGCCACACCCCUCCUCCCACGGGGCUCCACACAGCACCAUGAUGUGGGGGCCCUUGGAGCCCCCCAACACCCCCAAGCCCUGGAGCCUCAGCUGCCUGCGUCCCUCACCCCCUCUCAGGCCCUCUGCAGCUCUCUCCUACAAGGAGGACCUCAGUAAAAGCCCUAAGAGUGUGAAGAAGCUUCUUCCUAAACGUAAACCAGAGCGAAAACAGUCAGACGAGGAGUUUGCCCUGAGGAAGAGUACAGCUGCUCUAGAGGAAGAUGCUCAGAUCCUAAAGGUGAUAGAAGCUUACUGUACCAGCGCCAAGACCAGACAGACCCUCAACUCCAGGACGAUGCGGAGGGACACAGGGCUGCAAGUCAUCAUCCCUGGAGAGGAGAAGAUCAUUGUGGAGGAGACCACGAGCAACGGACAGACUGUAGUCGGAGAGAAGAGCCUUGAGGAUGUAGUGUACGCCCUGCGGGACGAGGUACAGGAGCUCAAACAGGACAAUAAGAAGAUGAAGAGGUCACUGGAGGAGGAGCAGAGGGCACGGAAAGAUCUGGAGAAAGUGGUCAGAAGGGUCUUAAAGACUAUGAACGACCCCACCUGGGACGAGACUAACUUAUGAGGUGUGUGUGUGUGCAUUUGAGAUGGUGUGAGAGUGAAUUGUGUGUGUGUGUGUGUGGUGUGCUAGUGUGUGAUGGAGAAACAUGUGUGAGUGUGAAUGAGUGUUUGCUUGCGGAAACGUGGUUGUGUGUAUGUGUGUGUGUGUGUGUGUAACUAGGACCCUGAGUUUUCCCUGGUCAGGUCACAUGGCUAGGAAAAAAUUGUGGCUCCACCAAUUACAAUGAGGAACGUCUGUGGAUCUCUCCCUAAACCAACAUGGACCUGGAGUCUUCCCUCUCUCCCUCCCUCCGUCUCUGUUUACAAAUGAUACUCAGCAAAGCAUUACAGCUCUAAUGGUACUGUACAAAACAACUCCUCAUUCACCUCUUCUCUACUGUUAUUUAAUUACUAUGAAAUCUAUGCGUUUUAAUGUCUUAUAUUUCCAUUGUCUUGUGGUAUUCUGUGUAAGGACUUGUAGCGGCCUGCCUUGUGGUUGGGCCUUGUGUUGUCAUUGAUCGGUGGGUCAGCGGGGAUUUGUAAAGAAAUGGACUGGCUGGUGUUGAUACUGACUGGUAUUGGUAUUGACUGGUAUUGGUACCUUCAAGCAUUGGUACUGAAUGGUAUUGGUAUUGGUACUGACUGGUAUUGAUAUUGGUACUGACUGAUAUUGAUAUUGGUACUGACUGGUAUUGACUGGUAUUGGUAUUGGUACUGACUGGUAUUGAUAUUGAUAUUUGUACCGACUGGUAUUGAUAUUGGUACUGUCUGGUAUUGAUAUUGGUACUGACUGGUAUUGAUAUUGGUAUUUAUACUGUCUGGUAUUGAUAUUGGUACUGACUGGUAUUGAAUUUGUUACUGACUGGUAUUGAUAUUGGUACUGACUGGUAUUGAUAUUGAUAUUUGUACUGAUUGGUAAUGAUAUUGGUACUGACUGGUAUUGAUAUUGGUACUGACUGGUAUUGGUAUUGAUACCGGCUGGUAUUGGUAUUGAUAUUGGUACUGACUGGUAUUGCUAUUGGUAUUGGUAAUGACUUGUAUUGAUAUUGAUAUUGGUACUGACUGUUAUUGAUAUUGGUAUUGGUACUGACUUGUAUUGGUACUGACUGGUAUUGAUAUUGGUACUGGCAGGUAUUGAUAUUGGUACUGACUGGUAUUGAUAUUGGUACUGACUGGUAUUGAUAUUGGUACUGACUGUUAUUGAUAUUGAUACUGACUGGUAUUGAUAUUGGUAUUGGUACUGACUUGUAUUGAUAUUGGUAUAGGUACUGACUUGUAUUGAUAUUGGUAUUGGUACUGACUUGUAUUGAUAUUGAUAUUUGUAUUGGUACUGACUGGUAUUGAUAUUGGUACUGGCAGGUAUUGAUAUUGGUACUGACUGGUAUUGAUAUUGGUACCGACUGGUAUUGAUAUUGAUAUUGGCUGGUAUUGAUAUUGGUAUUGGUACUGACUGGUAUUGCUACUGACUGGUAUUGAUAUUGAUACCGGCUGGUAUUGAUAUUGGUAUUUAUACUGACUGGUAUUGAUAUUGGUAUUUAUACUGACUGGUAUUGAUAUUGGUACUGACUGGUAUUGAUAUUGGUAUUUAUACUGUCUGGUAUUGAUAUUGUUACUGACUGGUAUUGUUAUUGAUAUUUAUACUGGCUGGUAUUGGUAUUGAUAUUGGUAUUUAUACUGUCUGGUAUUGAUAUUGAUAUUUAUACUGGCGGGUAUUGGUAUUGAUAUUGGUAUUUAUACUGUCUGGUAUUGAUAUUGGUACUGACUGGUAUUGAAUUUGUUACUGACUGGUAUUGAUAUUGGUACUGACUGGUAUUGAUAUUGAUAUUUGUACUGAUUGGUAAUGAUAUUGGUACUGACUGGUAUUGAUAUUGGUACUGACUGGUAUUGGUAUUGAUACCGGCUGGUAUUGGUAUUGAUAUUGGUACUGACUGGUAUUGCUAUUGGUAUUGGUAAUGACUUGUAUUGAUAUUGAUAUUGGUACUGACUGUUAUUGAUAUUGGUAUUUAUACUGUCUGGUAUUGAUAUUGAUAUUUAUACCGGCUGGUAUUGAUAUUGGUAUUUAUACUGUCUGGUAUUGAUAUUGAUAUUUAUACCGGCUGGUAUUGAUAUUGGUAUUUAUACUGUCUGGUAUUGAUAUUGAUAUUUAUACCGGCUGGUAUUGAUAUUGGUAUUUAUACUGUCUGGUAUUGAUAUUGAUAUUUAUACCGGCUGGUAUUGAUAUUGAUAUUUAUACUGUCUGGUAUUGAUAUUGAUAUUGAUACCGGCUGGUAUUGGUAUUGAUAUUGGUACUGACUGGUAUUGAUAUUGGUACUGUCUGGUAUUUAUAUUGGUACUGACUGGUAUUGAUAUUGGUACUGACUGGUAUUGAUAUUGGUAUUUAUACUGUCUGGUAUUGAUAUUGGUACUGUCUGGUAUUGAUAUUGGUACUGACUGGUAUUGAUAUUGGUAAUGUCUGGUAUUGAUAUUGGUACUGACUGGUAUUCAUAUUGGUAUUAAUACUGGCUGGUAUUGGUACUGCCUGGUACUGGUACGCUUUGAUGUAAAUAUGAACAUUGCUAAGGUAUGAAAUAAAAUGUGUUUUCAGCGA